AUGAAGUACUUUACCGCCGUCGUUGUGGCUCUUGCCACCCCCUCUAACGCUGCCUUCUGCAACUACGGAUGGGGCAAGCCGGCAGGAACAACGUGCCCUGGUCUCUAUCCAAACACAUACUGCUACGUUGAAUGUUGUCCUUAA